UCCUCAUGUACUCGCUUCGUUUAGCUAGCAGCAGCAGCACGGGUCUCGGUUUCGCGCUCGGCCGGCUCGGCGGGAGGAGCGGUGGCGUAGCGCCGCCUGGUUCGUCGUCGUCGUCGGUGGUAUCCGCCCGAGCGAGGAGGACCGUCUCGGCCACGCCGAGCCCCGCCGCGCCGACCCCGGGGGCCGAGCAGGGCGUCGCGAUGGAGCAGGGCGCCAAGCAGCAGCACCAGUCGCCGCCGCCGUCUCAGCAGCAGCAGCAGGCGCGCCGUGACGUCGACGGCGGCACGGGGGACCGCCAGGAGGGGCGCGGCUCCCGCGACGACAUGCACAAGACCACAGGGGACGUGAUGACCCACUCGUUCGGGGAGGGCUACUCGACGCGGUCGGACGAGGAAGGGUUCGGAGGCGUCUACGGGCAGAACGACCCGGUGUUCAACCCUGGGACCGAGGUGCACCCCAGCCACCCUGACUACGACACGUCGCAAGGGUCGGAGGUGAAGGAGAAGGAGAAGGCGCGCCACCUCAAGGACGACAAGCACGCUACUUAGGCAUGUCGGGAUUAGGCCUUUUAUCGUAGUUUAGUCGAGCUUGAACGGUGAAAAGCCAGCGAUUGCUGUGCAUCGACGUGGCGCCCUUAUCCUUGCUGGGGGGCUAUAAUUGUAUCUUUGCUUCUGUACUGUUCCUGAAGCAUUUUUUUAAUUACUUUGCUGUUAUGUAAAUUGGCUAGUACUUGAUUAAUUAGCUUAUGGAGUUCUGUUGUGCGCUCCAGAAGAUGUUUAUGGGCAAGGGAGAUGUGUACUGACGUAUCGAACCAAACAACCGGCUGCCUGUUUAGCCUGAGCAGUCGAAAGAAAGCAAUGCACACUUCCACAGUGAUCGUUCCGGAUGAGCUACUAAUAGCCGAGCCCGCUCCACGUGUUCGUGUGUUAGUUUGGCAGAUCAGCCCGUAGCUAAAAGAGCUAAACAAGUUAUUUUGUUCUCCCUGUAGUUCUGUUUUCCCGCGUAAUUUUUUCGUGCCCUACAAUAAAUCUAUCUUUUC